AUGGAUUUCGAUUCCAUUCUGGAACUGUGUGACGGUUUCGGUGCGUACCAGAAAAUUAUCAUCGGUGUGCUUCUGUUUCCGGCCACGUUUCCCUGUGCUUUCCACGCUUACAGUCAGUUGUUCUUGGCCGCCAAACCCAACCACUGGUGCCGGGUGCCGGAACUGGAAGAGGUAGCGAGUAAUGUAACGGAACUGGCCAAAAACGUAAGCAUACCGUACCACCGGUCGGGCCAGGAUAUCAUCGAAUACGCAAAAUGUUCGAUGUACGCUCGCAACUAUACCGAAACGGCCCGCUUCUUUGUGGGCGAAGGUCAGAACACCACGUUCGGCAACGACGAAGGAGCAUCAAACGAGCUGGUCCCGUGCCAGCACGGUUGGAACUAUGAUCAAACCAUCUUCAAGUCAACGGUCGUAACGGAGUGGGACCUAGUGUGUGAUCGUGACUUCGAUACCACGAUGGCGCUGAUGGUGUUUGGAGUGGCGGGACUGGUCGGUAAUCUUGGAUUCGGGUACAUGCAGGACUACUGGGGCCGCAAGCUAUCGUUCUACAUCUGUCUGCUGGUGCAGAUAACGGCCGGUGCCCUCGGAUCCGUGGUGUGGAGCUUCCCCUCUUGGCUCGUAUCGCGCGUGGUGGUCGGCCUCACCGUACCGGCGAUCCUGUCCAGUCCUUACAUGUUGGCAAUCGAACUGGUUGAACCGAAGCGCCGUAACUUUUGUACGAUCAUCUCAAACAUUGCGUACUCGGUGGGACUCGUGCUGCUGUCGGUGAUCGUAUACUACGAACGUGAAUGGCGCUCGCUAUCGAUGGCCGUAUCCUUGCCCCUGUUGGUGCUGUUUGGCUUUUACUUCCUCAUUCCGGAAUCGCCCCGCUGGCUGGCGGCGAGACGACAGUACCGGAAAGCGCAGCAAUUAUUGCUCAAAAUGGCGCGAGUUAACGGAAGGACGGUCGAUCGACAGUUGCUCGAUGAUCGGUUGAAGGCCCUGUCGGUGGAACAUUGCGGGGACGAAGCACCAGAAAUCGGGCUACGCCAUCUGUUUGCCAAACCCCAGAUGCGACGCAAAACCACGUUCGUGGCGUUCAUUUGGCUCACGAACACGAGUGUCUACGUGGGGCUAAGCUACUACGCGCCGGCCCUCGGUGGGGACGAGAUAUUCAACUUCUUUCUCGCCGGUCUGGUCGAGCUGCCGACGUACAUUGUGCUGUGGCCGAGCCUGAACCUAUUCGGGCGCCGUGGAGUGCUCUUCACAACGAUGGUGAUCGGUGGAAUCGCUUGUGCCCUCACGAUCGUCCCGCAAGGACGAAACACGACACUGCUGCUGUACUGCAUCGGCAAGAUGGGAGUAUCGUCCGCGUUCGUUGUCGUACCACUGACUGCGUCGGAACUGUACCCGACGGUCGUUCGCGGACUUGGCAUGAGCUUUUGCUCGGUGGUCGGCAUGCUGGGCCCGAUCUUCAUUCCCUUGAUGAACUAUACGGGUAAGGAAAACGUGGCCAUUCCGCUGGUUAUCAUGGGACUCGCAUUAACGGCCGGCGGGAUCGCCAGCCUGUUUCUACCGGAAACGAAAAACAUGCCACUACCGCAGACACUGGCCGAUGGUGAGAAAAUUACACUGACCAACCCCUUCUACGGGCCGUUUCAUCGACGAAAACGCCCAGUUGGCCAGUGAAGAGUUUG